AGCGGCGGCGGCAGCCUCGGUGGUAGCAGCAGCAGCAGCAGCAGCAGCAGCAGCAGCAACAGAAGCUGCCGCGCUGCUGAGUAGCAGCAAGGACUCCGAGUCAAGAGUAGGAUUGUAGGAUUGGAUCUGAGUGGGAACAAGAGUGAGCUGGCCAGAGAGAGGAGCAGAUCCCUCCCAGCGCCCUCAGGCCACCCAUUGCCAGUAAUCUUCGAGCCAGACCUCUUGAGAGGAGACGGGACAGCCAACCCUAGCCUACCCAGGAAGAAGCUCACUAUGGCUCCAGUCCCCUGGCCAUGCUGACGGCAGCCUGCAGCAAAUUUGGCGGCUCCAGCCCUCUGCGGGACUCGACAACCCUGGGGAAAGGAGGCACAAAGAAGCCAUACGCUGACCUUUCAGCCCCCAAAACCAUGGGGGACGCCUACCCAGCUCCCUUCUCAAGCACCAAUGGACUCCUCUCUCCUGCAGGCAGUCCUCCGGCCCCAGCCUCUGGCUAUGCAAAUGACUACCCACCCUUCCCCCACUCAUUUCCUGGGCCCACUGGUGCCCAAGACCCUGGGCUCCUAGUGCCUAAGGGGCACAGCUCCUCUGACUGCCUGCCUAGUGUCUAUACUUCCCUGGAUAUGACUCAUCCCUAUGGCUCCUGGUACAAGGCAGGCAUCCACGCAGGCAUCUCACCAGGUCCAGGCAACACACCUACUCCUUGGUGGGACAUGCACCCUGGGGGCAACUGGCUAGGUGGUGGUCAGGGCCAGGGUGAUGGGCUGCAAGGGACACUGUCCACAGGCCCUGCCCAGCCUCCACUGAACCCCCAGCUGCCUACUUACCCAUCUGACUUUGCUCCCCUUAACCCAGCUCCCUACCCAGCACCCCACCUCUUGCAACCAGGGCCCCAGCAUGUCCUACCCCAAGAUGUCUAUAAGCCCAAGGCGGUUGGCAAUAGUGGGCAACUGGAGGGGAAUGGUGCAGCCAAAACCCCUCGGGGUGCUGGCACAGGGGGCAGUGGUGGAUAUGCGGGAAGUGGGGCAGGGCGUUCUACCUGCGACUGCCCCAACUGUCAGGAGCUAGAGCGGCUCGGGGCAGCAGCGGCUGGGCUGAGGAAGAAGCCCAUUCAUAGCUGCCACAUCCCUGGGUGCGGCAAGGUGUACGGCAAGGCUUCGCAUCUGAAAGCCCACUUGCGCUGGCACACUGGCGAGAGGCCUUUCGUCUGCAACUGGCUUUUCUGCGGCAAGAGGUUCACUCGCUCCGACGAGCUGGAGCGCCACGUGCGCACUCACACCCGGGAGAAGAAGUUCACCUGCCUGCUCUGCUCCAAGCGCUUUACCAGAAGCGACCACUUGAGCAAACAUCAGCGCACCCACGGGGAGCCAGGCCCGGGGCCGCCCCCAAGUGGCCCUAAGGAGCUGGGGGAGGGUCGCAGCGUCGGGGAAGAAGAAGCCAAUCAGCCGCCCCGAUCUUCCACUUCGCCUGCACCCCCAGAAAAAGCCCAUGGAGGCAGCCCAGAGCAGAGCAACCUGCUAGAGAUCUGAGCUGGGUAGAGGAAGGUCUCCAGCUCCAGGGUCCUCUUGCCAGGCUCUCUUGGCGCGGUGGACCCACUGGUUGCCCCUCGCUCUCUCCUAUUGCAUGCUAUACUCUGGGGGCUCUCUCUGGUCCCCUAGGCUAUCUCCUUGCAUGUCUCCUCAGUUCUUCUCUCUUUGUCAAGAGUCUUAGCCAAACUCCUCUCAGGCCUUUGCCAGUGCCUAGUUCCUAUGCUCCGACCUCCUGAACUUUUUCUUUGCCCCUGUUCUUCACAGCUUCCAUCUGGACUCACAUCAUUUUCUCAUUAACUCGUUGCCAUCUAAUCUUUCUGCUUCCCAAUCCUGUUUGCCGUUUUCCCGAAGCUUCCAGGCUGUCGACUCGAUUCCCCUCUGCUUUCCAUUCCCCUGAGCUUUGUUUUUUCUUUUUUUAAACAAACACGAUGAUGAUGAUGAUAAUGAUGAUGAUGAUGAUAAUGAUAAUUUAUUGCCCCCCGGUGGUUCUUCAUUAGGAACCAGAGUUAAGGAGAUUGGUGUUAGUAACCUGGCCGGGAGCAGAGUGCCAAGAAGGGGAAGCCCAAUGGGGAUCUGAUCCCAAAGAUGGGGUGACCCCAGGGUCAGGGAGGCUGCCCCCCAGCCUUGAGUACUCAACCCCUAUGCACCAGGAGUAAAGAAUAGUAAUAGUAAUAAUAAUAAUUCUAUUUAUCUAAGUUAUGAUGACGGGUCAGGUACAGUGAGCUGGAGAGGGAAAGGGAUUCUUUUUUUUCCCCCCUAAGGAAAUUCUAGUCAAAUGCAUCUCUGUAUAGACAAAUGAUAGUGGAGACCUUGUUCGUAGAUUUCUAUCAUCGAGGUCUCCGUGAGUUUCUUUUUUCAGUGGAGUUUUGGGUUGUUCGGCCUCUUUUAGAGUUUCUGUGGGUGUCUCUCUGUUAGGCAGUCUCUAAGAUCCCCAGCCCCAGCCAGAAGCUGUGAAAUUUCAAGUCCUAUGGCGGGGAGGACUGGAAUGUACCCCAGUUCUCUCGACCUGACUGCAGAUCAGGUUCCUCCGCUGAUCCUCUUCUCAUACCCUGUGACCUCACCAGGUUAAUCCCCUUGUCGUCAUGGUUACAGAGAGCUUGCAGCUGCCAUCUUAAACGUGCUCUUUGGGGGAGAGCCCACCUAACAGGAGGAUUUUGGUUUGGAGGUGCCCCUCCUGAAAAAGUAGGUGGGCAGAGGCUUUCUCUGGGAUCAAAUUCAAAUAAAUCAAGUAUUUAUUGAAUGCUUACUAUGUGCAAGGCCUGGUGCCUAGAAGCCAUGAGAAAGAAUUUAUAACAGGACAGAAGUCCCUAAACUAAACAUCCACAGGCCCCCAAUCUAGGAGGUUUCACUCCAUUCCAGUGACUUUUAAAACCGCUUUGUGCCUUUGAAAUGCCUUUCCUGAGAUUUUUGGAUCUUCCUGUUCUGUCCCCUGCUCCUUCUAGGCCCCAAGAUAAAGGGUAAAGCCAUGGAGUCUGGGAAGAACAUAACGUCGUUGACGGGAUCGUCCCUUUGUGGAAUCUUUCUUUUUUUUAAUUUAAUAAAUAAAAGUUCGAUUU